CGUGAAACAAUGCGGCGUCUGCCCAUGAAGUUUGACGGGUUGUGGUAUUGUCUCUGUCCCUCCUUUCAGUUAUCGUAUAUUCACCGUCCAGCUUUAUCACUCAACGGCCGACAGAAGGCUUCGCGACGAUGUCUGAAUUCCGGAUCAUCGGCCAGCAUCCGCUUCGUCAAGAAAUCGCGCCCUCAAGACGUUGCACAACCUCUCGCGAAAAACAAAAUCAUACCGCCGAAAGGGAAAGGCCACAUCGAUGAUGGUCAUUCCUCGAAGAUAAAAAGCCCUUCUUCGCAACAAACAGCCCAAAUUCUGGAAGACCGACUGGAAGCGCAAUCGUUGAAGCGCAGAAACGAUAUACCCGCAACUGCAAGGAUCUUACAAUAUAUAUUCCGCAACCCUAAUGUGCUUCCUAAUAGCCGCCAUUAUAAAGCUCUGAUUCUGGCGAAUGUCGAUCCGCUCCAUGGGUCGCCGAAAAAUGUUCGAAGUCUACUCCAAGAGAUGGAGGCCGAAGGGAUUACGGUGGAUUCAGCUACCUUGCAUGCUGCGUUGGAAGCUCUUGCCGUCCACCCUGAUUAUAUAUUGCGCCAAGACAUCAUUGGCGCGCUUCGAACUCGAUGGUUAUCCCUCAGCCCGGCUGGCUGGCACCACCUUAUAACCGGAUUGGUUCGCGAAGGCCAGCUUGAAUUAGCUUUAGACCGUGUCAAUCACAUGGAAAGACAAGGAAUACGCCUUGAGCAAUGGCUGCAUAGCCUUAUAGUGUACAACCUCUGCGCCGUCGACGACUUAGACGAAGCCUUAAAUCUGAUGCGCGGCCGAGCCGACAAAACUAAUAAUAUAUCUGAGGAAAUGUGGCUCUAUCUUUUGGAAGUAUCGCUUCGAGCUUCCCACCUGGAGUUGGUGAACUACGUGUGGACGAAUGCAGUGGAUUUGAGUUAUGCAGACUUGAGUAUACAGCAUUGUCGCGAUGUUCUCGACCUUGCCUCAUUUUAUGGCGAUACCCAGCUUGCAGAGUCUGUCUUCCGCCAGCUCAUCAUCCUCGGAGAACUGCCCUCUCAGGAGUACUAUGAAAGGGUGGUACAAGCCUAUGCUGUCAAUGGGGACUUGGAUUCUAGCCUCGAGAUUUUAUGUAGGAUGCAGAACGACGGGUUUCUCAUACGACCCCGAUCCACGCAGCCGGUUCUUACGUUAUUAGAACAAUUGAUGCCGGACCCAACUCAUGUUUGGGCAUCAAUUACGAAGUUAAGAGAACAGAAAUUCAACAUCCCAGUCGGACUAGCGAAUGCAGUAAUAGAGUACUGUGAUGCUGCUUCAGCACCGGGCUCUGUCUCAGCGACCGAAGCAGUUGAUAUCGGCCUGGAUAUUUAUCGGGAUAUAUUCGAUGUGUGUUCUAGUGGUGCCGAUGUUAUUACCUUCAAUAACCUAUUCACACUUUGCCUUCAUGCGAAUCGACCCGAUGCAGGCACGUUUCUUGCCAAGGAGAUGGCAGCUCUGGACAUUGAGCCGAAUAGACAGACGCUUGAGGUGCUGAUUCUUCUGUGUCUUCAGGCGGAUAAUUAUCGUUCAGCGUAUAUGUAUACUGUCGAUCUCGUAGAACGAGGAUGGCAGUUGAGUGAGACGGUCGCUGAACGCAUUUGCGCUGGUUGCGCUGACCAUGGUGCUGCAGAUGUGGAAAAUCUUCUGAGACUUGUUCAUAAUUCAUCUCCGCGGCUCCAGCAGGGCGAGUCUUCGUCCAACUGAUCCUAGCUAGAUCUGAUGGCGAAGGACUGGAUAUGUAUAACUUGAAACACGAUACUCGCUGUAUAUUAUAGAUACAAGUAGAUAACUACCUCAAAUAAAUGACUGCUGCGUCAUCAACGUAAACCUGGCACUGCAUGGCUGUUGCAAAUCUUGUUGAUAACAAGCUUAUCGGAUGAGAAGCGCCGGGUGUGACAUCAUCGCGGUCUGUGCCACUGUCAUCAACAGCCCACACCAGACAGUCACUUUGUUUACGCAAAUAUACAAUUCAGC